UAAUGUGAAAGUAUGUUUAUCUACCGUUACUAACCGGUUCCACAUAGUUGGCAAAUAUCCAUAGUUCUGAGAUACACAAGCGGGUAAAUAGACGUGUUUUCAUUGUCGUGAUAAUCUAAUGAAAUAGGAUUCACCUAUUCUACUGUAAGGAAGGAAUCUAUUUUCAUCUAAUUAAAAUUUAAAACGAGCUCCUUCAAACAUGGAGCGUUGGAAUGGGAAGACAGCUGUGGUGACUGGCGCCAGUAGUGGGAUCGGCGCUACUGUUGCUGUCAGAUUGGCUGACGCCGGGAUGCGAGUGGUGGGGCUGGCGAGAAGAAGUGACCUAGUCGAUGAUUUGAAAGCAAGCGUGACGGGGAGCGGGAGUAUUCAUUCCGUCAAAUGCGACGUGGCCAAGGCCCAGGAGAUCGCAGCAGUUUUCGAGCUGAUCGAACGAGAGCACGGUUGUGUCCAUGUUCUCGUCAAUAAUGCUGGCGUCAUAUAUAAGGGGUCUAUCACAGAAAUGCACAACUGUGAGUUAAGCGACGAACAAAUAUUGUCUACGAUAGAUAUCAAUUUGAGUGCGCUUAUAUUAUGCAAUCGUUACGCUUUGAAGUCCAUGAGGAAACAUUCAUUUGAUGGACACAUCAUUAACAUCAACAGUAUGGCCGGCCAUUACGUUCCGUUUAACGUUUGGUUUAACGUGUACACGACGAGCAAGCACGCAGUCACUACGUUCACCACUUCCUUGCAAUGCGAGCUGGCACAGGCGAACAGUGCUAUCAAAGUAACGAGCAUCUCCCCGGGGUUAGUUCGCACGUCGAUAACAGAAGGCGCAGAAAAUCUGGAAGGCAUCCCCAUGUUGGAGACCAGUGCCGUGGCUGAUUCGCUGCUCCAUGUAUUGGCUACCCCUCCGACACUUAACAUAACCGAGCUGACAUUAAUGCAUGUCGGAGAGAAGAGACUUUAGCAGAGAGGAGAAGUUUUCAUAAAAUAAAAAAUAUUAAAUAUUUAUUUGUUGCUUGUUAAAUAAAUUUACCACACCAA